CCUCCAUUUUGAGUAAAAGAGUAUAGAAUUAGGAAUUUCUGCCUACAAAUAAUAUUGAGUAUUGAACAGCAUUCAAAGAUAUCAAGCUAACUGACCAAGAUUUUUUAUUUGUUAUGAGUAAGUUGUUCAAAUUUUUCAACAGCUUUCAUCUAAUCAUCAGAAUUUGAUUAAACAACAUUCGGAUCUCAAUCCUCAAUCUUUGUUUAUAUACCGUGUAUAUACAUAUAUUUUCCUGAAAACUCCAUUUUUGCUUCUAUCCAUCAUCAUGGUUGAUACUCGAUAUGAUCUCGGUAAACAGGUAAAUAAAAAUUGAAAAUCUAAAUUCACUAUACUACCAUCUUGAGCAUCAUCAAUAACAGUGUAACAACAAACCUGUAUGUAUAUAUUUAGCAAUAUUUUCUACCUUCAAUCGUCAUCUAUCAAUUCCAAUAUCAUCGACAAAUACUUAUCUCUUAACUGGUGAUACUAAUUAUCCAGCAUCGAUCACUUUUAUCACAAUAACUCCUAUUGCUUUUUAAUACAACUAUUGUGACACAUCGUUAACCUGUGUAUUGGAAAAAGGAACUUGACUAAUUUUGUUCAUCGUAGUGUAUCACUUACCGUUAGUAAUACUCAAUUUUUAUCAACCGUGCUAUAUGUAUCUACGAAGUUGCAUGUGAAAUUAGUAUGCAAAGGAUAACUACUAUAGUUAAUAGUGAAAUAAAUUCCAAUAUAUAGCAAUCCAGUUAUAAAUCUAUCACAUUCUAUUACCGUUCCACUCAAAUUUAGGAGGGAAAACAAGAAAACAGAGAGUAAAGAGUUUACCCAAUGAUGAUGCGGAAGAAUGGUUCAGGGAGGAACAAUGUUGGAGAGUUAGAGCGACGUAACAAAAACGGUUCUCGUCUAGAUACCAAGACUAAUAAGCGAUUGAGAAAAAAGGAGUCACCUGAGACAGGUUAUAUCAACAGCCUUCACAAAACCAACACCAGUUCUUUUACCAGCAUUAACUCUGCUAUCAAUGAAUCUGACGUUAGUGGCUUAAACAUCACUCUUAUCAAUAGUAAUAGUAGAAUGAGGUCAUUGGCCGGUAAUAGAAGUAAUACUAGUUCAUCAUUCAACGGGAUUAGUAAAACUGCCAACAAGAUUGGUAAAAGCAAAAGCAAAGAUAUUUUAAUUAACCAGAUAUCAACAACAAAUAAACCGUUGAAAGACCUUGGCCCUAAAGUGAAACAAGAAUCUGGUGUUACUCCUAAUUACAGUGAUGAUUAUCGUGAACAACAUAAGCAAGAUAAAAAUUACAUCAGUGAAAAAAGCUUAAGGUCUCGGACCAUUAUAUCUACCAAUGUUCCAAAUUCCAGUUUCUUUUUGGAUAAUUCAGUUGCCCAAUCACCUAAAUCAUCAUCAUUCUCCUUUUCUGCUACGUCGAAGAUGAACUCAUCCAAUUCUAAAUCCAGUUGUGAUCAUCGAAACAAAGCUAUGUCCACAUCUGUUUUGCCUUCUUCCAGAAAAAAUCGUGGUAGACUAUCUUCAUCUUCAUCAUCACACUCAGUUACACGAGCAGCCACUAUAUCAAAUUCCUCACCUAUGUUGACAAAUGAAAGUCAUGGGAUCUCUACAAACUCUGCAAGUCAAACAAAACCUCAUGGCGAUUCGGGUAAAACUAUUGUAAAUGGUUCAUCUCGCUUAUCAUCCGAAAAUAUCUCUCUACUAUCUUCACCAGAAACUCAGCCCGCCGUAAAUCAAAUCACACCUCUUUCUCCAAUAAAGCCAAAUACUAGUCAAAAUUCAAAAAAGUCCUCUAAUAUAAAUCGGUGUAAAACUAGUGCUAAGAAUUCAUCUUGUAAUACCACCACAUCUAUACAAUCUAUUAAAUCUACAAAUAUUUCUUCGUCCUCCAAAAAUGAAUCCCCAUCUAAACCAAAUAGAAACGCAACAAAGAAACCUAAAGGAAAAAGAAUCAACAAAAAGAAACCUAAUUCUGCUAAGAAAGCUUCAUUAAUCACACCAAAGCAAUCUAACAAGAAAAUUGAUCAAAGAAAGGUCAAAAAGGUAAAGUGCAAUGCUCGUAUCAAGAAAGAGCCUACAAAUACAAAAGAAACUGACGAUGAAAGUUGCAAUCAAAUCAGACGACGAGGUCAACGAAUGGCCAGUUUGAAUGCAAUAUGUAAAGUUCAUUUAUUAUUUGAAUCAGAGCGUGAUAUGCCAAUAGUAUCUUCAAAUUCUGUUGUUUCACCGACUCCACCACCAUCACCUACACCGACUGUCAAAGUAGCUAAAAGCUACAGCAAAAUGACACCAGCUAAAAACGCGAAAAAAUCACAAAUUUCAAAAGACGACAAGAAAAAGAAAAGUGAUUCUAAAAAGAAAAAUGUCAAGAAAGUAAAUGCUGCAAAAAAGACGACAAAGAAAGAACCAGCAUCCAAAGUAAAAGACUUAGUGCUUCAUGAUUCAAAGAAUAAACAAGUCGCUGUCAGAAGAAAGCGAAAAUUGGUCGAUGAAGAUAUUGAAUUUAUUGACACGAGAUCAUGUAAACGUAUGGCCAGUCUCAAUGCAUCCGCAAUGUUGGCAGCCUCUGCACUUUCAGAAAGAAAAGUUUUCAAAAGAAGUCGGUCAAUUGAGUCCACUAGAUCAACCGGAUCAACUGUAGAGAUUCACGAAACAAAGAUCAGUUCAAGUCGUAAAUCGCGAUUGCAAGUACCACAAAAUGGUGGUAAUGCAAUUCAUUCUUGUACAGCCGAUCAGGUUGUGGUUGAAUCAGCUCAGACCAUAGAAUUAGUCAAGAAAGUUCGACGAUCCAGUGGUAAAAUUCGUGAAAGAUUAUUAGCUAUUGAAAUGAUGGAAAGGGAAUAUAAUAUGGUGGGCAAAGAGUUGAAACAGACUGCAAUUGAAAAUGGUCGUAAAUUCAUUAAAUCAGGUCUGGGAGAGGUAACUGCUAAAAGUGUCAAGAAAUGUCGUCGAUCGAUACAAAGUACUACAACAACUAGAGAAGCAACGACUGGAUUGAGACGAACUACAGAAUAUCAAGUAACGAAAGUUCAGAUAAACACAAGUGAAGCGACCGAUUUAUCAAAUGAACGGGAGAAAACGGCUCAUCAAAUUGAGACAAUUCUCAAUGAAGAUGCUAUCGUUCAAAAAUAUCAUAUUCAUCACCAAACAAAAGCGUCAAGCCAAAGUUAUCGUGUGCAAAUGGAAACAUCAUCAUUUCAUCCUUCUCCUAAUCCAUCAGCUAACUUUAUUACAUCAUCCAAUGCUGUUCAUACUGUCCCUUGCCUACCUUUGUAUCCAUCUUCAAAUGGUCCAACAGUUGGUGAUUUACACCUUGCCAAUGGUGCCAAUAUUUUACAGAACAAUCCUCUUCUAACCGCAACAAAUCAAGGUCUUAAUCAUAAUGCUGCAGCCGCAGCCGCUGCUGCUGCCGCUGCUGCUUGUUUCAGCUAUCCUAAUCAACCCUCAAUUGUCCAUGUAGCUUGUAAUCAGCCUUACAGAGCCUUAACAUCGUCAAAUAGCUCCAUUAAUCAGAUUAAUCCGAUACCAGUUCUCAAUAUUGGGCCACAAUAUCCAUCACAUUAUGCGAGUGCCUUUUCAGUGCCUAAUCAUUCUAACCAUGCGGCUUCCAUCAACUACCCAACUGAAUCAUAUGGUUUCUACCAACAUAGCGGUCCGAUUAUCCAACCAAUCCAUGAUCCAUAUAUUCGGGCUUAUUCUUUGCACAAGCCUGUUCCUUAUCAUGCUUCUCAAAUGGCUCACCAUUCCGACCAGACUUACAGGGAAUUCAAUCCAAUUCAGCUACCACCACAAUCUCAGCAAUCAGUUCCCGGGACCAGUCGGUUUGAGACUAAUUCCUUCUCAUCUAAGGCUAUCUCAUACGAACAGCCCAGCUAUUACAUCCUCCAAUAUCCGAAUAAUGAUAUUUCUUGUUCUCUACGGGCCAAUAAUAUGUAUCACAAUUUAUCCUCUACAAACGAUCAGAUCACUAUCCACCAAUCACCACACCACGAUUCUCAACAUCUUUCGGUGAAUAUUGCUGUUAACAAUCCAGCCUCGUUCAUGGGUCGAGAUUCAAUGGCGACUACUCAGGCUGUUCAAUCCAAUCAAAGAAACCUGUCUUCAAUUCAACCGAUUUCAGUACCAUCAACAUCAUCAUUUUCAUCAUCCAAUGGAUCCACAGGUGGACCUUCAAUCGCUUUCCUCGGUUCGACUUCAAUCUUGCCUGGUCAUCUUACACCCAGUAUGUUUCAAACUCUAGCAUCAUCAUCUUCAUCAGCAGCUAACUCAAUUAUUAACCCCGAACUACCUCAAGGAAUAUCCCCUGUUCCUGGACCUGCCCCUGUCGCUAUAGCAACACCAGUUUCAGUGGAUAAUCUGACCACUCUAUCAUCUGCUUCACCAUCAAAUUUGGUCAAAGAAAUGGCUUCCUUUAACAGCAAUGCAAUAUCGACACAAGUUGGUUUACCAUCAACUUCAAACAAUAAUCACACUCGGUCGCCAUCUUAUGAGUCACCAAAUGUUAAUCACCAAUCAAAUGUUGCAAAAAUAAGUCCUUUGUUAACAUCGAGUACAAACCGUUUUAGUAAAAGCGUCCAAUGCUCUACUAAUACUAACCCUGAGUCUAAACGAUCAUGUCAUCAGCAAUCAUCUGUAUCAUCAACUAGUCAAUCCAAUAUCAUCAUUACUCCUGUUAAUGUAACCAGUUCCACGAAUAAUCAUCCCAGUGUUAAUAGCGUUAGCAACACUUCUGCUUUCACGCACACUGCUAACAAUACCAAUGCAGAAAAUUUGAAUGGAUCAAAUAAGCAGAGACUUGUUACAUCAUCACAUCAGAAUAACUCGUUAAAAGAUGCUUCUGUCAAUUCAUCUUACUCUGACUCGUCAACAACAAACAUGACUAGGAAACUACAUCGAAAACAAACAGAAAUUAAUAAUGCUUCUGUGUUCAACAAACAUAAAUCCCAAUCAAGUAGAGUUAGAUAUCCGCAGGCUAAACCAUCACCUCCUUCAUCUAAAUCUUCAGGAACCAUUUCAACUACUACACCACUCACGAAAUCAACUGCAACAUCUACUUCUCCUUCAAAUUUUAAUGAACCUACAUUAUUGAAAUCAACAACAGGAACAAGCUCCAGUUCUACUUCACCAGACCAGAUUGUGACCAGUAGUGACAGAUCGGCUUCUAAUAGCCAUGCCAAUGGCCAGUUAAACUCCACCAAAAAACGUCCAACUAAAUCAAAUAAGAGUUUGAUUGAUAGUAAUUCAGUGAAUGAAAGUCCAACCACUACUAUAGUUUCCUCUAUUGAAGUAGGACUCGCUCGUAAAGCAGGAAAAAAGAAGCUAUUCCAUGGUUGGUCAUGGAGAGGCAAUCCUUCCAAGAAACCUGUAUUCAUUAAGCCUGAUGAGCCUCCCAAGUUAAGAGACUGUUAUCCUGCUAUUUGCCAUAUCCAAGGCGAUGUAAUUAAAGUCCGCGACAGUGUUUUACUUCGAGGUGGUCCUCGAAAAACUGAUUUACAUUUUGUUGCGAAAAUCUGUGCUCUUUGGGAAGCACCUGAAACUGGUGAAAUGAUGAUGAGUCUACUUUGGUAUUAUAGACCUGAACACACUGAACCUGGACGAAAGCCUCAUGAUCAACUGGAUGAAAUAUUUGCAUCCAAACAUCAAGACGUCAAUAGUGUUGCUUGUAUUGAUGAUAAAUGUUAUGUUUUAACAUUUAAUGAAUACUGUCGCUUUCGGAAGAUACAGAAGAUGGAAUCGGAGAAUCUUUCUCAUUCAUUGACGGAAACUGUUGUACCCACCGGAAAAGAUUAUAAAAGACGAGGCAGAAUUCCGAUGAGAAAAGUUUUUCCUGAUCGAGUUUUUUUCUGUCGUAAGGUGUAUGAUUUUCGACUUGGCCGAACUCUCAAGAAUCCGGUUUCUCCCGUGAUAACUGACAUCUCAGUUUGGAGGCGAUGAUAUUAUACGAAUAGCGAAUAUCAAGCAAACCAUUUCGUUAUUUCUAAAUGAUUUAUUUAUUUCUAUUACCAUAUAUCAUUAUGUAAACUCCUAAUUGGUAUAACAUUUGUGGAAAGUCGGAUCAACUUAUCCUGGAAACAUCCAUUCUAUACGACCUAUUAUAUUAUAUUCUAAAAAAUUACAUAUAUUGAAACUUGGUCUUGUGCUAUGUUGCAAUAACUCUUUCCUUUAUAAAAAAUGUUAGAAUUUUAUUAUUUAUGAUUGUGUUUUGCUUCAAUUAAUUGAUCAAUGUUUGUGUUUAGAGCUUU